AUGGGUUCAGAUGAUCAGGAGUGGGAGCUGGAGGAAGGCAUCCCUCAAGUGGAGGAACCCUUUAUCCAGCAGUAUCUAAAGGGCCGUGAUGCACUGGUCCUAGAAGAACAGAAGCAACGACAUGAUGCCAAUCUCCGCAAGGCCCUCUCCCCGCUGGCCGCCAAAGCGUGCAAGAUCGUGUCCAAGGUCCGUGAUCGUGAGCUCAAGACAGUAUGGUCCAAGGGCUUGUCCCAGGAGCAAGCCCACGAAGCCGAUGAGAUUCUCUAUCCGGGGGUGAUGUUCCAUCUCGCAAGGGGUCGCAUGGAAAAUACCGACUUGUGGAAAAUCGUGCAGAAGAUGCCCAAAGGGUCCCUCUUACAUGCUCACAUGGAUGCCAUGUUUGAUAUCGAUUUUCUGAUCGAACAGGCCUUUUCCACCCCAGGAAUACACGUGGCUGCUCCAGAGCCGCUCAUUACCCCAAAGGAGCUUGAAGAAGCACCAUUCUAUCUCCAGUUUUCGUCUCGACCAUUGGAGGAAUCAGAGGACAAGCCUACGAUGUGGACGUCUUCCUACGAGUCUUCAGGACUGAUAUCUCUACAAAAAGCAGCCUCGUCGUUUCCCAAGGGUGGAGAGGCUGGUUUCCGCGAGUGGCUAAAGAGUCGUUGUGUUCUUGGGCCGGAACAUUCCUACCUUCACCAUCACGGAGUAGACGCCAUCUGGGACAUCUUCCGACGCACGUUCCGAGUCAUCAAUUCUAUCCUGAACUACGAGCCAAUCUUCCGCGCAUGCCUGCGCCGCAUGUUCGAACAGCUCGCCAGUGACGGAAUCAGAUACGUGGACUUUCGGAUCGCCUUUGUCUUCGAGUACCGACGGGAAGGCUGCGACACGCCCGAGGAAGGCUACUUGGAGUGGUGCCGUGUCUUCAAAGAAGAACUCGAACGCUUCAAGAGCACCGAACAAGGCCGACGAUUCUACGGGGCCCGCAUCAUCUGGACCACACUCCGCAUUCUGUCCAACAAAGACAUCGCAGCCAGCAUGAAGCAAUGCAUCGAGACAAAACUCGCCUUCCCGGACGUGAUCUGCGGGUUCGACGUCGUCGGCCAAGAAGACCUGGGCCGGACGCUGGUCGACCUCGUCCCGGUUCUAUUCUGGUUCCGCAAGCGCUGCGUCGAGGAAGGGGUGAAUAUCCCCUUCUUCUUCCACGCGGGCGAGUGCCUCGGUGACGGCGACGCGACAGACCACAAUCUCUUCGAUGCAGUCUUACUCGGCACCCGGCGCAUCGGGCACGGCUUUUCCCUCUACAAACACCCCCUCCUCAUUGACCUCGUCAAGGAAAAGAAGAUCCUCAUCGAAUGCUGCCCAAUCUCAAACGAGAUCCUCCGCCUCACAAGCUCCAUCAAAUCGCACCCGCUUCCUGCCCUGCUGGCUCGCGGCGUCUCCGUCUCCCUCUGCAACGACGACCCGGCCAUCCUCGGCCAGGGCAAGAACGGUCUAACGCACGACUUCUGGCAGGCUCUGCAGGGUCUCGAAAAUAUGGGUCUCACGGGCCUCGCCAUGAUGGUGGAGAACUCCAUCCGGUGGAGCUGUUAUGAGGAUCAAUCGAAUGCCGAGUGGGCCUCGGAUAUCGAAGAUGGGAUUCUAGGCGAUGGGCUGAAGGCCGCCCGUCUGCGGGAAUGGUAUGAAGACUUCCAGGCGUUUUGCGAGUGGAUUGUAGCGGAGUUUAAGGAUGUAGAGGUCGACGAGUAA